AUGCAUACGCGGAGAGCACAUCACAAGUCCCGCAAUGGGUGUGAACAGUGCAAGGUGCGAAGGGUAAAGUGCGACGAAGUUUACCCCUGCCUGCACUGCGUAAAGCGUGGUAUGGAUUGCACCUUCAAACAACGACAGAAGACCUCCAACUCCGGAGAGAGACCCAGCAAGUCGCCCGACUCAAUGCCCGCUGCGAGACGGAUUGCUUCACCCGGUGGAGAAGACGCGUAUGGCUCCUUCCAUGCCAGGCUCGCUGAAGCCGCAUUUGCAUCACAAGAAUGGUCUAUGCAGGACCCCGAGCUGAUGCAUCACUAUACCCUUCACACGUCCCAAUCCCUUGCCCGGCGACAAGCGAUGCAAGACACAUGGCAGGCCGCGCUACCGCACAUUGCCUACUCGUACGAAUUCCUGAUGCACGGCAUCCUCGCGCUCGCCGCCGUGCACCUCGCCUAUUUGAAACCGGAACGCUAUAGUCGGUAUCUGACGAGUUCCCGAUUCCAUAUUGCCCUAGGUGUACGGUCCUUCCGGCGGACGCUUCUCGUCCCGUCUGCGGACAACUACUGUGCCCUUUUCGGCUUCUCCAGCUUGCUCAUGGUCUACAUCUUUGCCGCACCGGUGGAUUCGGAGAGGGCCGAUCCGCUACCCGGGGCUCUGGACACGAUCCUGGACCUGUUCAAAAUCUGCCGAGGGACGUUGGUUCUCAAACCAUAUUUGCCACUGCUCGCAAAGAGCCCUCUGGGGCCUCUCUUUCGUCACGAGUUCGACAUUUCCUCGUAUCAGAAUGUAGUAGACAUCCCAGAGUGUGCUUUGUUCGAGGGCCUGCACGACCAACUCUCCCGACUCCGGACCUUGAUCCUCGAGAUUGAUCCUACAUCAGAGUCGUGCCCGCGAACGAGCUGCUUGCAGGCGCUUGGACAGCUGGAGCUAUCCUUUCAAGCGAUCCUGAGCGCAGAUCUGCCACUCGAGUGCGGCAUGAUCUUCAUGUGGCCGCUCACGCUGGACGAAGAAUUCUUGGACCUGGUGCGGGGCAAGCACGCGGUGGCACUGGUGCUCCUCUCCUUCUAUUGCGCGCAGCUCCACGCCUUUGCCAAUUACUGGUUCGUCGGUCACAGGGGGCUGGAGUUGUUGGUCGAGAUUGCCCAGGUCGUGCCUGCGCCGCUAGACGCGUGGUUGGAGUGGCCCAGAAGGGUGACAGGUCAGCAGUGUCAUGUCGUCAGUUAG